AUGCGGUUUUUCGACGACCACACGCGAUGUGGUAUCUGCUUUUUGCUAAAAACGGGCCGCCUAGCGAGCCCCGGCGGCCUCACCGUCGCCGCUCGCGGCGGAGCCGACGGCGGAGCCACGGGCGGGUGCGACCUUUCAAAGCGGCGGCGAAAGGAGCGGCUCACGCCAGCUGAGGAGCGCUUGUACGAGCAGAAUGAGCUCAUUGUGGACAUCGUUGCGCAAUACGAUCUCCCAGAGCUCAAGGCCGUCGAGUUUGGGCUCUCGCCAACCUUUUACGAGUUUAACGAGCUCGCGCUUCAGUUCGGCUACAUCGUGCUCUUCUCGGCCGCGCUGCCCGCCGCCGCAGGGCUCGCGCUGCUCAACAAUUUACUCGAACUUCGGCUGGACUCAGUCAAGGUCCUAAAGCUGACGCGACGCGUGCCCGCCACGAGCGACUCAAAGGGGAUCGGCGCGUGGCGCUCGAUCCUCCUCUUCUUGACCUACCGCUUCUACCCUUCCUUCACGCCGCUCGACAAGCUGCUGCUCGUCGUCGUCCUCGAGCACGCGCUGAUCGGACUCAAGCUGCUUAUCGACGCGUGCGUCCCCGACAUGCCCGCGGGGGUCCGCAUCGCGCUGGCUCGCGAGGAGUGGCUCGCGGACCAGCGCGUGGCGAGAAACGACCAGCGGUCCACGACAGAGGGGAGUCUUGGUGAAACGCAGUGA